GGCGCCGAAGGUCGCUUCCGCAAACAGAGCCGUGGAUGGUUGUGCAGGUCUGUGGACAUUUGAAGGAGACUUAAUAGUCAUUAAGUUGCACGUUGGGUCUUGAAACUUCUUUUCCAAAGUAUUAGUUCAUGACGUUUUACCAUCUAAGUAAUCAAAAAUGGAAAAUUCUGCAAAAGCAGAGUGUGAAAAGAUCUCUCUUGAAGAGGCAAAAGCAUCAAUACAUUCAGAAACAGAGUCUUCAUUCGAUAUUAAUGAAAACACAACCACUCCUGGGACUGGGCCUUCUGAAAAGGCUCCUAUCUGUGGACAAGUAGACACACCAAAAAAGAGAAAGAUGGAAUUUGAAGAUGAUAUUGUAAAGGAAAGUUCUAGUUGUGGGGAAGACAUUACGACCAAGAAAAGAAAACUUGAUGCUGAAAUUGUCCCCGAGGAGAAAGGUUCUGGUGAUGAUGAAGGCAUUUCAAGGAAAAGAAGAAUGGAAACUGAUGAUUUUCCAAAAGAUGAACCUUCUACUGGAGAUGGCACACAGAAAAAGAGAAAAAUAGAACUUGAGGAUGUUCCUGAAAAGCAAAAAAACUUAGAAGAGGGACACAGUUCAGCAGUGGCUGCCCACUACAAUGAACUUCAGGAAGUUGGUUUGGAGAAGCGUAGCCAAAGUCGUAUUUUUUACCUCAGAAACUUUAAUAAUUGGAUGAAAAGCGUCCUCAUUGGGGAAUUUUUAGAAAAGGUACGACAGAAAAAAAAACGUGAUAUCACUGUUUUGGACCUGGGAUGUGGCAAAGGUGGAGAUUUGCUCAAGUGGAAAAAGGGAAGAAUUAAUAAGCUAGUUUGUACAGAUAUCGCUGAUGUUUCUGUCAAACAGUGUCAGCAGCGGUAUGAGGACAUGAAAAAUCGUUGUCGUGAUAACGAAUAUAUUUUCAACGCAGAAUUUAUAACUGCUGAUUGUUCAAAGGAACUUUUGAUUGACAAAUUUCGUGACCCAGAAAUGUGCUUUGAUAUCUGCAGUUGUCAGUUUGUCUGCCAUUACUCAUUUGAGUCCUAUGAGCAGGCUGACAUGAUGCUCAGAAAUGCUUGUGAAAGACUGAACCCUGGAGGUUAUUUUAUUGGUACCACUCCCAAUAGCUUUGAGCUGAUAAGACGCCUUGAAGUUUCAGAAACAGAAUCAUUUGGAAAUGAGAUAUAUACUGUGAAAUUUCAGAAGAAAGGAGAUUAUCCUUUAUUUGGUUGCAAAUAUGACUUCAACUUGGAAGGAGUUGUGGAUGUCCCUGAAUUCUUGGUCUAUUUUCCAUUGCUAAAUGAAAUGGCAAAGAAGUACAAUAUGAAACUAGUCUACAAAAAAACAUUUCUGGAAUUCUAUGAAGAAAAGAUUAAGAACAAUGAAAAUAAAAUGCUGUUAAAACGAAUGCAGGCCCUGGAGCCAUAUCCUGCAAACGAGAAUUCCAAACUUGCUUCUGAGAAGGUGGAUGACUAUGAACAUGCAGCAGAGUACAUGAAGAACAGUCAAGUAAGAUUACCUUUGGGAACCUUAAGUAAGUCAGAGUGGGAAGCCACAAGUAUUUACUUGGUCUUUGCAUUUGAGAAGCAGCAGUGAGCACAUAAUGCAGUAGCCCCCAGGACAGCUGUGGCCCGUCCUGUACAGAUUUGCGUGAUCCGUCCUAGAUCUGACAACUUUGUUUGUUUGUUUGUUUUAAUUAGUCUAAAUGUGCAGGAUGCUGCCGGAAACUCCAGUGUGUAAAUUCAACAUUUGCUGUCUGUGACAGAUGGACUUUGGUGUGUGUAAAUAAGAAUGAGUUGGGACCUUCGUCUUUAAAAAUCUAUUUUUAAGUAAUGUUCUAAGAAUUCCAUUUGCCUCUCUUAGUGCAUAAAAAUUAUAAUAUGACUUGUUAAAGCUGCUGGACCCUUUCCACAGUGCUCUGAUUUGUUCAAUGUUUGUUUAUAGUAUUAAAUUUAUUGUAGUUGUAGAAUUGAUGAGGGAGCAUACUGGUUUGCAAGGGGGGUGUGCUCAUUUCUGUAGUUUUGUUAUAUAGUGUUUUUCAAGAUUACAUGGAUUGUGUUCUGUACAACUGAAUGUGUUCAGUAUACAUCGCUAAAGUUACAAGUUUAAAACAAAAUUGUAGAUGACCAUAAAGUUAUUUACCUAGAAUUUUAGCCAGUUAUUACAUUUCAUUAUAAAUAUUAACUAUUUUAUUUGCUAACACUAUCUAAUUCUGGAACUGUUUAGAACGUUUUAGGUGCCAACAUAAAAUUGUUUUGGACAUUAGGGGCUUUAUCUUAAAAAUCUCCUUCCAUGGCAAUUAAUGCUUCUUGUUAUCAAGAACGUAAUUAGACAGAUUUCCUUUACUUCAUAAAGCAAAAAUGCCAUAGUUGUUUUUCUCAAGAUUUAAUGAACCUGCCCCUAGUGCACCUGCUGCACAUUUUCCUCAGAUUUAUGUAUGGAACUGCAGUAGGAGGAUGUGACUACAGGAAACUGACAAGCAGACUUCAGAUGCUAAUGUCAGAGAGAUUACGGCACCGUAUGCUGUCCCCUUCAGCCCAGAGAGAAGCAGUACUGGUUCUUCUAUUACAACGUACUUUGCACAGUAGGAUACAGCAUCUUACCACCAUUCAGAAUUUGUAUUUGCCAUUUCAGAACUGUUACUGUUUUCGGCUUCUUGCUUGACUCCUCUCCCAACAGACACCUGGUGAACAGUUGUCCUUUAUGUAACUGUUGAAAAAACUUGCCAGUGUUUAGGUAGUGAAAACCUUACAGAGAACAAAGCAGAGCAAUUAUCGCAUAUUCUUUUAAAAAUCGUUUAUUUAAUGGCACGGGUUUAAAAGUUACCACUUUCUGUAACUAUCCAGAGUACUUGUUUAAAAGGUAAAGUUUCUUAAUUUGUUUAUAUAUAUUGAUUAUUAGAGUUAGAGUGUUAGAGUAAUAGACCUUUUAACAAGAGAACACGGGUUCCCUAAUUUCUGUUCCUUGUGCAAUCUGUCAACCUCCAAACUAUUACCAGUUUAUAAAAAUUAAGUCUUUUUGCCUUAUGCAGUGGUUUGCCAUAGUCGUUUGGAGACAUAAAUAAUAGUACUUCUGACCGUGGUGGCUGCUGUUAGCUAACAGGUUUGGUAAUGGUGCUGGGGACGUAGGGAUGGUGAGCUCUUAGUGUGCUAUAUCCAGGUUCAUUUCAGUUCUGGGGUAGGUAUCAGAAAGCAUUUUGAUAGUUCAAUAGAGGUGUAAAGCUUCUUUAUCAUUUCCUAUCAUCAUUCUCAUUUAAUGGUCUUAGUUAAUUUUAAGCAAGUAAUAAAACAUUUUUAGCCUCCUGCUCUUUUCAUUCCAUGAUGAUUUGUGGGAGAAAAGGAUCCCGCUGAAGGAUGGAGUGAUUGGUGGUGAUACAAAGCAGAAAAGGAAGGUGGAGUCCCUGGAGCUUUCACUGAAGGGGUAGAAAGGAGCAAAGAAAACCCAAGUGGAUUGAGCAGAUCUCUUCAGUCUGCACAAGCAAGCCGUUGUGUUUGCAGGAGGCACACAGAGCCAUACCCAGAGGAUGCAGAGUUCUAGCAUUUCCCUUGCCCUUGAACUUUGUUGGUCUCAUGGCCACCUCUGCUCUUCCCCGCACCCCACCCCCCUACUCCCUGAUACGUUCCUGCUGCAGCUAAGUGUCUGGGCAGUGACUCAGGGAUAACUGUUAGGAAAAGGUGGAUCCUGACCAUCAUCUCCCAUCACCAAGGUAAAAGCUGGGAGGACUUAGCACCGCCUCCACCCCCCCACCCACAGCUGGAAUGUUUGGGGACUUUGCAUUCAAGACUUGUUGUAACUGUUAUGAAGGGGACAUGGCUCUUCACUGGCAGGUCAGUGAUGUGAGUAGUUGUGGGAAUGACUACAGGUACUCCAGUUUGUCCUCCAAGGAUGAAAGUGAAAUGAUCAACCAUUUGUGGAGAGGACACAACCUAAGGUCUGGGAACAUGGCUGGAUUAGGGCAUAACAAAGAAUACUCAGGUUGAAUUCUUUGGGCCUAGAAUACACUAAAGGAGAGGUACUGUGUAGCCACAGUGUUCAGGGAGACAAACCGGCCACUUCCAGCUGCAUCCAAGGUCCUAACCUGUACACUAUAGCUGUCUGCAGGUAAUGACUGCUCAUCCAGUGCCCACCAACCCUCUGGUUCCAGUGUUACUCCCCAAAGAAAUUUGCCUCCAGGGAGAGAAGGCAUUGAUGAGAAAGACCCUUUGACUUCUGUUAACUAAUGUGCAUGAUGAUCCUGAAAAGUAGAUUACCAGUACAGAGUUUCCUAGCCUCCUCAGUCCCCAAACUUGGAAAUUGAGGAAAUGGGAUUGCUGUUUAAAUUAUGGUAGCAUCAAUAGGGCAUCAGAGCAGAGGUGAACAAAAUGACAGGCUUUGAGACAGGGUCCAAUGUUGGUCACCAGUGGAGACACAGAAAAAGCAUUGUCCACUAUCAGAGGUCCAGAUUUUCAUUGUCAUUAGUUCUUCUGGGGAUGUGUUCUUCAGCCUGUCUUAGCUUAUCGCAACUAGCUUAUUUUUUGAUAGAUCUUCAAAUAUCCUUCUGGUGAAGAUUUGGCGGCUUCUGUAGGUCUGCCUAGGAGAAAAUGCCAGUGUGAAUAUUCUACGUACUAAUUAUUCUUUUUCAUUGUUGGUAAACUGACUUUUUAUUGUCUACCUCAGGCUUUGUAUGUAUUGUGAGCCAGUCACUGCCAAGGCCUCUGCAUCUUCAAAGUAAAGGUCAGAUCCAGGACCCGGGUCCCUAAAUAAAAGUUGUACCAAAAUGCCUGUGGUGUUUAAUGGCCCUUUGGUCAAUAGGAAGCAUACAUAUAUCAUAUUACCACCUCCCUAGAUGCAGUUAUGUCAAAACCAGUCACCUGAUCAGCAAUUUCUUCAUUUCUCACCCUCUGACAGAACAACAUUCCUGAGUCCUUGAAGGCAGUCAGUGGAGUAGCUCCUACAGCCAGUUCUUCACCUUCUCUAUUUCUCCUCUGUUCCCACAUAGCCCUGAAGCAUGGGUGCCUGCUCCUCACUGCAAUAAUAAGCAAGUGUGGGACACCCAGGAGUACCCUCCUCAGUUUGGGGAGACUUUUGGGUUAGCCCCAAAGCCCUCCGCUCUCUAGAUUUAUCCUGAGUCAUGCCUGGGGACAGCAUACCUUGGAUAAAGCCAGGUUGACAACUAACAUUUAUUAGGUCAGUUGUUUUUCUAAACCUUUUAUAUGUGUUAAUUCAUUUUGAUCCUUAUAAUGAUUUGAAGUAAGCACUAAUCCCUAUUUUAAUAAUGAAGCUAAGGCACAGAGAGGGUACAGAUUUGCCAAGGCAAGGCCAAGAUUUGAACACCCAUAUUCCUCAAGUCUGGUCUGCAACCCAAUCUCCUCCAGGGGUGUUAGAAAGACCCAGAUGACUUCUCACCCAUGCACUACCCACAACUUGAAAUGUUAACUGGUUGGUGCUCCAACCAUUUGGUUCAAACCUUUGAUAAAAAUGUUACCUGAAAGGAACUAUUUAUCCGGAGUAAGAAGCUUUGGGGCAGAGAGAGCAAAAGGGCAUUUGAGUUCACUAGGGGAGGAGGGUAAGAGUGAAUAGUCAACAGGCAGGAGGGCAAAGAUCAACUUGGACUUCAUAUUUUGGUAGACCUGCUCCUUUAACAACCAGUCCUGUAGCAAAUCUAGUUUAGUCUGCAUGUCAGAGGAUGGGGGAUCUUUUCCCACCCUCACCAUUUUGAAGUGGCAGGAGGUGGUGGCAUAAGUGUGAGAGAGGGUAGCCAAAGGGAGAGGCCAAGGGAGAAGGAAUCAUUUUUUUAGUCGGAGUUGAUUAUCUAAGCAGAGGCAAAUAAUUUUAAGUUUUAAGCAAAAAGUAACAUACACUAGUCGAUUUUUCACAAAUGGAACACAAACACAAUCAACAAACUGUUACCACCAUCCCAGAUUGUCCCUCAUGUUCCUUUCCAGGUACUCACUCCCCAAGCAUAACCACUAUCUGACUUCUAAAAAUAUAGGUUAGUUUUGUCUGUUUUUGGACAUCGUAUAAGCAGAAUCAAAUAGUAUGUAUUCUCUUAUAUCUGGCUUAUUUGCUCUAUGUUUGUAAGAUUUUUGUUGCAUGUAUUUAUAUGUGGUUCCUUCUCCUGUCUGUAUAGUAUUCCAUUGUGUAAAUAAACUACCUAUUUAUCUGA